CUGAGUUGUAGUUCAUUCUUUUGCAUUCAAUCAGACCGUGGUUAGUUAUGCAUUGUCAAGAGCACACGCAUAAAGUACUCAUAGUAGGUGACAAGAAUGUUGGUAAAUCGUCAUAUGUCAAACGUUACGUGAAUGGCAAUUUCAACUAUAAACAGCCAUACAAAAUGACAGUCGGAGUUGAUUUUGCAGUAAAGGUUCUUCAGUGGUCUGACACGGAAACAGUCCGACUGCAUUUGUGGGACAUUGCAGGCCAGGAGAGUUUCAUCUCCAUGACCAGGGUGUACUACAAAGGAGCCUCGGGGUGUGUGGUGAUGUUUGACAUGACUGAACCUUCCAGCUUCCUCCACGCCCGGCAGUGGAAACAGGACAUUGACACUAAGGCAAUGUUGCCCAAUGGAGACCCCAUUCCUUGCAUAUUGCUGGCCAACAAGUGUGACCUGGGCAUGGGAUGCGUGUCAUCUGAGAAAAUAAAGGAGUUCAGUGAGGCCAACGGCUUCAUUGGCUGGAUGGAGACGUCUGUCAAGGACAACAGGAACAUCCAAGAGCCCCUCAGGUUUCUUGUGGAGAAUAUGUUGAGGUCUGGGAAUGCAGUGAAUCCUCAUCCUCCACAAAAGGUGGUCAACCUUCAACAGGAUUCUGCCCCAGCCAGGGACACAGGAUGCUGCUGAUCCAUGCUUGUAUCCAUACUUGAUUUGAUAAAGUGUUGUUGAGAUUAGUGAUGAGCAAACCCAGGAUAAGGACGAUAUCCAAUAAUAAUAUAGUUGUUAAUAAUGAAUCACUAAUAAUUAUACAAAUAAUGGUGUUGAUAAUAAUCAACAUAUUCUUGUUUGUAGUACUCAAGGCAACUGUAAUCAAGGCAGUUCUGCCUGUCUUCUAUCUUGAUUAAGUAGCAGGUGUAGUGCCUUAGCUGCUAACACGUGGUGCUAACACUUGUUGUUUGUUGUGUUUUGGGUUGCUGUUAUAUGAUAUUGUAAAGUUUUGAAGUGUAUUGUAUUAUAAUGAUUGUAUUGUGUUUUAUAUUAUUUUAUUGAUUGCCAGUUUGAGGUUAAAAAGAACUCUACCAGUUUCAUUAGGUAAUCUAUCCUAUCCACAUCAUGUACUGUAUAUACUGUGAUGAGAAACGAAACGAUUAAAAUACCCAAUGUGA